AUGGCCUCUCCUCAGAUCUACUCCUCUUUUAAGUACUCCGACAGCCUCACCGUUGUGGCCAUUUCGUUCUGCACUGCCAUAGUCUGCGACGCUAUCUCCUGGCUCCUCAUCUAUUGCAUCAACUCCUACAAGUCGAGGUCCUCAAUUGACAAGGCUACCAAGAAGCUGGAGAUGAUGAAAACUGAAUCCUCCGCCAAGAUCGCUAAGAAACCUAAGACCAAAAAGAUGGAACGCGUCGAGAACAGCCUCAAGGAGUCAAGCUGCGACCUCUCCCUCUUCAAGUUCAAUUCCAGAGCCGUUGUCGCCCUUGUCCUCUUCAUCGUCUUCGGUCUUCUUAACUCACUCUUCUUAGGAUUUUCACCACCACGCGGCGCCAGCUAUCUCCAUAAUAUUUUCAACCAAUAA